GUCAAGCACUGCCAAUGUUGCAUUUAAUGUUUGUGAUUGAAUAUCUUUACCGCAGACUACCUAUUAGUAUUUGUUUACGCAUCAGCUUGAUUUUUCCCUGCUGCUCGCUCACUAUUCCGACGGCGCCUUGGGUCUCCCACCCCUUUUAAAUGGGCUUCGCUCGCUCAGGUGUUUCUCUGGGCGAGGACUUGCAGCCGGGCUGGGCUGCAGCAGCGGCGCGGCACUAGGACCCAGGGGGCUCCCGAGAGCGGAUCUUGGGGCCAGAUUGCAAAUUGGCGGUGACUCAGUGUGCGCGGCCCUGGCGCUCGGCGGCCGCGGCGGAGCAGCAGGCGUUGGCGGCCGGGCUGCGGGAGCGGUGGGCCGGCUUGGCGCGUCGCAGACUCCCCGCGGGGCCCCGGAGGCAGCAAACCAAGAUGGAGUAUGAGUGGAAACCCGACGAGCAAGGGCUCCAGCAGAUCCUGCAGCUGCUCAAGGAGUCCCAGUCCCCCGACACCACCAUCCAGAGGACCGUGCAACAAAAACUGGAACAACUCAAUCAAUACCCAGAUUUUAACAACUACCUGAUCUUUGUUCUGACAAAAUUGAAAUCUGAAGAUGAACCCACGAGAUCAUUGAGUGGUCUCAUCUUAAAGAAUAACGUGAAAGCACAUUUUCAGAACUUUCCAAAUGGUGUAACCGACUUUAUUAAAAGUGAAUGUCUGAAUAACAUCGGUGACUCCUCUCCUCUGAUCAGAGCCACUGUAGGUAUUCUGAUUACAACCAUAGCCUCCAAGGGAGAAUUACAGAACUGGCCUGAUCUCUUACCCAAACUUUGUAGCCUCUUGGAUUCUGAAGAUUACAACACCUGUGAGGGAGCGUUCGGUGCCCUUCAGAAGAUAUGUGAAGAUUCGGCCGAGAUUUUAGAUAGUGAUGUUCUAGAUCGUCCUCUCAACAUCAUGAUUCCCAAAUUCUUACAGUUCUUCAAGCAUAGCAGCCCCAAAAUCAGGUCUCAUGCCGUUGCGUGUGUCAAUCAGUUUAUCAUCAGUCGGACCCAGGCUCUCAUGCUGCACAUUGAUGCUUUCAUUGAGAAUCUCUUCGCCUUGGCUGGUGACGAAGAGCCAGAGGUACGGAAGAACGUGUGCCGGGCCCUGGUGAUGCUGCUGGAAGUGCGAAUGGAUCGCCUGCUCCCUCACAUGCACAACAUAGUCGAGUACAUGCUACAGCGGACCCAAGAUCAAGAUGAAAACGUGGCGUUAGAAGCCUGUGAAUUUUGGCUCACUCUAGCUGAGCAGCCCAUAUGCAAAGAUGUGCUUGUGAGGCAUCUCCCUAAGUUGAUUCCUGUGUUGGUGAAUGGCAUGAAGUACUCAGAUAUUGACAUUAUCCUUCUUAAGGGUGAUGUUGAAGAAGAUGAGACAAUUCCUGACAGCGAGCAGGACAUAAGGCCACGCUUCCAUCGGUCCAGGACCGUGGCUCAGCAGCACGAGGAGGAUGGCAUCGAGGAGGACGACGACGAGGACGAUGAGAUUGAUGACGACGACACCAUUUCUGACUGGAAUCUGAGAAAAUGCUCUGCCGCCGCCCUGGAUGUUCUUGCCAACGUGUAUCGUGAUGAGCUGCUGCCACACAUUCUGCCCCUUUUGAAAGAAUUACUCUUCCAUCAUGAAUGGGUUGUUAAAGAAUCAGGCAUCUUGGUUUUAGGAGCAAUUGCUGAAGGCUGCAUGCAAGGCAUGAUUCCCUAUCUCCCUGAGCUCAUCCCUCACCUUAUCCAGUGCCUCUCCGAUAAAAAGGCUCUCGUGCGGUCCAUAACGUGCUGGACUCUUAGCCGCUAUGCACACUGGGUAGUCAGCCAGCCGCCAGACACAUACCUGAAGCCAUUAAUGACAGAAUUGCUCAAGCGCAUCCUGGACAGCAACAAGAGAGUCCAGGAAGCUGCCUGCAGUGCCUUUGCUACCCUGGAAGAGGAGGCGUGUACAGAGCUUGUUCCUUACCUUGCUUAUAUACUUGAUACUCUGGUCUUCGCAUUUAGUAAAUACCAGCAUAAGAACCUGCUCAUUCUUUACGAUGCCAUAGGAACAUUAGCCGAUUCCGUAGGACAUCAUUUAAACAAACCAGAAUAUAUUCAGAUGUUAAUGCCGCCUCUGAUUCAGAAAUGGAAUAUGCUGAAGGACGAAGAUAAAGAUCUCUUCCCUUUACUGGAGUGUCUGUCCUCAGUUGCCACGGCCCUGCAGUCUGGCUUCCUGCCCUACUGCGAACCCGUCUACCAACGUUGUGUGAACCUAGUACAGAAGACUCUUGCACAAGCCAUGCUGAACAAUGCUCAGCCGGAUCAAUAUGAGGCCCCAGAUAAAGACUUUAUGAUAGUGGCCCUUGAUCUGCUCAGCGGCCUGGCUGAAGGGCUCGGAGGCAACAUUGAGCAGCUGGUCGCCCGGAGCAACAUCCUGACACUAAUGUAUCAGUGCAUGCAGGAUAAAAUGCCGGAAGUUCGACAGAGUUCCUUUGCCCUGUUGGGUGACCUGACAAAAGCCUGCUUUCAGCACGUUAAACCCUGUAUAGCUGAUUUCAUGCCAAUACUUGGAACCAACCUAAAUCCAGAGUUCAUUUCAGUUUGCAACAAUGCCACCUGGGCUAUUGGAGAAAUCUCCAUUCAAAUGGGUAUAGAGAUGCAGCCUUACAUCCCCAUGGUGCUGCGCCAGCUUGUAGAAAUCAUUAACAGACCCAACACACCAAAGACGUUGUUAGAGAAUACAGCAAUAACAAUUGGUCGUCUUGGUUACGUUUGUCCUCAAGAGGUGGCCCCCAUGCUACAGCAGUUUAUAAGACCCUGGUGCACCUCUCUGAGGAACAUAAGAGACAAUGAGGAGAAGGACUCUGCCUUCCGCGGGAUCUGUACCAUGAUCAGUGUGAAUCCCAGCGGCGUGAUCCAAGAUUUUAUAUUUUUUUGUGAUGCUGUUGCAUCAUGGAUUAACCCAAAGGAUGACCUCAGAGACAUGUUCUGUAAGAUCCUACAUGGAUUUAAAAAUCAAGUUGGGGAUGAAAAUUGGAGGCGUUUCUCUGACCAGUUCCCUCUUCCCUUAAAAGACCGUCUUGCAGCGUUUUAUGGUGUUUAAUUGAGUACACUGCAGCUGCAAUCCCAGAAUUCGGGGUCCUUCGGUCUUGGAGACUCUGAGGGAGCCUCUGCACCCAGGGAAAAUGUUACCCUUUACUGCGGGGGGAAGGGUAAACCAGUAGGGGACACAGUACAAUCCCCACCCUACUGGGAGGGGCGGGAGGGAGGUGUGGCCGUCACUGUAUUAAGUCGAUGUUGGGAAACGUUUUAACAUCUGGAGCCUUUGUGGGUGGAAAUCUGUCUCCAGUUACAACUCUGCACUGGAUGUGAAGAAGCAAAAACAAAUCUAUUCAGUCUACUCACAAAACAGUACAUUCUGGAAAAUGAUGGGGAAUUGUACCAAACAAGAACCAUACAAAUGAUGCAUAGGGAUAAGAAAGAGGAAAAAAUUUACAGCGCACAAUAAAGGAAACCUAAGAAUGGGGGUUACAAACAGUAAAGGAGCUUUUUUUUUUUUUAAGUUAAAGGUUUUUAUAUAAAUUUUCCCACGUGGUGGGGCCUCAUUUUGCAUGCUGAUACAGAACUACACAAAGCCAAUAGUGUUAGAAUCGGCUUGCCUUCCCGCAGUAGAUACCGGUUCUUGGAAGUUACAAUUUAAGGUACCCCAGAAAGAAGAAAAAAAAAAAGUUGGAAAUAAAGCAAAAGAAAUUUCAACAAUGAAACACCCUGUGAAAUGCCAAAUGAGUCACUCCUUUUAACUUUGUGGGGUGGGCAGGGAGAGAGGGGGAAUAAGUGGGGUUGGGCGGACCAGCCCCAAAUCUGUCAUCUUACUUUUGCAUUAAAACAUUAAUGUAGUGGAUAUAAUUUGAUGGUUGUACUUGAUUAGAUUUAAUUUCUAGGCCAAGACUUUAAAGUGCAGUUUAAGGUUCAGGCAUGCCUUCUGGCUCAUAGUGCUUGAGAGUAAUUAAAACUAGUGGGAAAGUAGCAUGCUUGCAUCAGUGACACUGGUAUUCAUUUACCUAUGUUGCGCCAGUUUGUGCUGCAGUUUACCGAUUCAAGUUAGCCCUGCAUUUAAAAUUCCUUUAUAAGAUUUGUGGGUUUUAUUUUUAUUAAGAUUAUAGCUAUAUAAAGUACUGUAGUUUACAGCUAGGCCUUGAAAUACCUUUUUUAGGAUCUGUUAGGAAUAAGAUUGGUAUUGUAUCGUGUGUAACCUGCACAAUGUGGAAAGCUGAUAUACUGUGCAAAACCUUGCCUAUGUACUGUCAGUGUGGUGUGCUUUCUGCAUGGUUAUAUGCUACUAGUGAUUUUAUCAAAAAUUCUAAAAUUCAAAUCACAUGGUCGGAGAUCUGUAAAAGGCUGCAUAAGCGUUACUUGGCACAUAAGAAAGACCAUUUGUACAAGUUGAAAACAAUUGAUUGCUAUAUUUCAAUGUUUAUUCCCAUUCAGCAUUGCCUUCUAAGCUUUCUUUUGUUGUUUUCCUUUUUGUUUGUUCAAAGCAUGAUCUUGAAGAUGUGUUUCGGUUCAUGGAUGUGAUGCAGGGUUCCUACACUGUAUUGGCGCAUGUUGGUGGCCCUCUGUGCCCUAAGCAUAAGCACACGGGGUGCAAGUUCAAAGCUACAGAGUGACAGUCGCUUUGGAUCCUCUUCAUUUCAUUUGGUUAGCUUUUCUGUUAUUUUUCUCUACUUACAUGUAUUCCUGUGAAUAAAUCCUUGUUCAGUUAACCCUUUACUUUUCCUUCCAUGUGUAUUUUCUUAUAUACUGUGAAUGUGAGAACCUAACUGGUACACUUGACCUUGUGUCCAUGUGAAAGUGCAGAUCUUAUUAGUUUGGAUUGCCUGUGCAGUGUAUCCCAUGAUGAAGGAAAAAUGGAGAGAUUGUCCUUUUUUCUUUUUCUUUUGUUUUUUUUUUUUUUUUUUAACUCUGCUGGUCAGAGAUGAAGCCACGCCUUUCCAUUUUUCAAUGCUGCAUAUUUAAUCUGCAACAACAAAAAAAUGUUAAGCCAUAACAGCCUUUUUAUAUUUCAGUUUGUCACCUUUGCAUUGCGUAAUAAACCCUGGAUAACCAUUUUUAUAAGCAGUUGCUCCUCUUUGCAUGGUUCUGUUCUCUCAGAGUUUCGAAUGAUGCAGCCAUUGCACUCAAGUUUGAGCUAUGUGUGUGGGUUUAUAAAUACUGUUGGAAAGUCCAAAUGCAUGGUGGCAUGCAGAAAGGGGUGUGCGUGUGUGUGUGUCUGCUUUCAUUUUUUUAAUAUGUUCUUUCAUCCUCUUUCCUUUCCUUUGGCUUUGCAAAUUUCAGUCGGUAGAGCCUGAAACAAAACCAUUUUGUAAUGCCCAGUUUAUUUAAAGUUGUGACUUGGAUUCAGAAAGGGCUGUGGCUUUUUGCUUUCUAGUUCAGUUAACGUUGCUGGGAGCUCAAAGUUCAGUCUUAGUGUGUGGUCGCUGUUUUAACCUUAAGUUGUAGUAAUACUGGAUAGUAUUUCAGAUAUUUUUUUAGGAUUUAGUAUGGGAGAUAAAUAUCCUGGAGUGGGUAGUGACUAUUUUAAAUGGAAACAGCCAUUUCCUCUCUGAUGAUCACAGUGGAAAACAAACAUGGGAAGAACGGACUCCAUGCAUCUGGGCUUGUAUUGACCGAAGGCAAUGUCGUGAAGUGAGGCAGAUGUUUAAUGACAGUGUGCCCAAUUUUGCAGUCCAUUUAAUACUAAAAAUGCCAAAUUUGAAGAAAAAGAAUUUAAAAGAACAUAAAAGUGCAUACUCGUGGCAGCCUGAGGCUGGGCUGGCCCUGCGUGUGUGCGCCCCCUGGAGGGUACUGUUUCUCAUUCGUGUUGCAGAUGACAUAGUGUAGCGCAGGAGUUGGCAGAGGCCAUCUUAAGUUCUCUUCCGAGGUAAGCUUUGAUUUAGCAUUCACUGUUCUGAGAAGACCU